ACAUUUCCCAGCAUGCCACAGGCCUGGGAGGAAGUGCCAGGGAAUCAGCUGCUGCUGUCUGUCUCCUGCAGGGUCAGGCAUUCCCUGAGCUGGCUUUUUAUGGAUGGUGGGGGCUGGGAGACGUAAGGAGAGAAGCGACACUCGAUACAAUGGGGAGGAAGGCUGAGUUCCUUCGGCUGUGACAGUAAGAGAAAAGGCUACUGGGAUACAGAUUUCCAUGCUAGCCCAUAAUAGCGGGGGGAGCUCUAGGGAUUAACAGCUCAAUUGUACUGCCCGGCACGACUACUGAAAUCUGCAUUCAUUCUGGGCUUUGUUGGAUCUUGGCUAGAGGCUAUUGAUGCAUCCGGCUCUGAAGGCAUGACUGCUGACUAUUUAGCAAUGUGGCUAUGAGAUGAGAAGGUGGUUCCUGUUAUGAAUUCUCCUCAGGAUUCUGGUUGCAUGAUUAUGGACAGAAAAAUGGACUGCUGGAAAUAGGACUGAGGACUUCGGCCCAUUUUCCCUGCAUUUCCUGUGUAUAAAAGGAAUAUUUGGAUAGCUGACAUAUUUGGUCACUUAUUUAUGACCCACUACUAUGUUCUAUUCACCAUCUGAAGUCUGAGGUUGGCAGGUGGUCUCUAAGUUCAUGUCCAGCUCUUCCAUCCACCUCAACAUUGGCUGCAUCUCAGUUAGAUCCCACCAAGACUGAAGCUCACAGACCUUUGUACAUGGGAUUUAACAUUACAGACUCCCCUUUAGUCCAAACCCUUCAAACUUUUAGCAUCUCCCAAGCACAGAUCAGCCCACCUGUUCCUCAGGGCCAAGGAUGGACCGACACCGGGCAGAAAAACUCAUCCAAAUUGCCCGUGAGUGUCUCCUGUUUGGGAAGAGUAGAGAAGCUCUUAACUAUCUCAGCCAGGCUCAGAGCAUCUACCCCACUCGAACUGCUGCCCGGCUGAUCAGUGGCAUCCGCGAGGCUUGUUUUAGGACCCAAAAUGCCCAUUCAGAACCAAGAUACCCCCAAUUUGAACAAAGGGAUUACUGGGACAGCCAUCAAUAUGGCUUUGGCACCAACGACGAGCCAACAUGGGAGGAGGAAGAAGAAGAGGCAGAGGAAGAAGAAAGGCUGAAUUCUAGAAUGGAGGCAGAAGAUGAUUACUACUCUCUGCUAGGAGUCAGCAAGGAUGCCAAUGAGGAGACCCUGAGGAAGGCUUACCUCAAACUGGCCUUGAAGUACCACCCUGAUAAGAACAGCUCCCCGGGGGCCACUGAGGCCUUCAAGGCCAUUGGGAAAGCCUUUUCUGUCCUGAGUGACCCAGCACAGCGAAAGAGUUAUGACGAUGCCCAAACCAGGGCUCGAGUUGUAUCACAGCCAGACCUCUCCACAGAGGAUCUCUUUGACCUGUUUUUCAAGGGCCACUUCCCAGGGUUUGCCUUCAGCCAGCAAUAUCACCAGCCAAGGUCUACAAACAGAAGACAAGGAGAUAGAGGGCGGGAGGAUGAUGAAGAUGGUCAACAGCAAAGGCGGCAGGGAGAGGACAUGAGACAAGAUCGUGGGAGAGAAAGGACAUGCAGUGAGGAGAGGCAAGGUGGAGGACAUAUGCCAAAAUGGUGGGAAAGAGAGAAGAAGCCUGAAAGUGGAAAGGGAAAAUGGAGCAAAAAUGCUAAACAAGAUGCAAAGCAAUCUAAAGUAAAUGAGGAAAGGAGAAGCGAUGGCGGAAAGGGAAGGCCAAAGUGGAGGGAUGCAAAAGGACAGGACAACAGAAGGUCAAGGUGGAGGGAAGAGUUAGCACAGCAGGAAGCAAGAUGGACUAGGAGGCAGGAAGAAGAUGACUCCAAUGGCGCAGGGCAAAAGAAUGCGUAUUCUGCAUUCAUCCAAGUCCUGCCAGUUCUACUCUUGGUGGUGAUCUCUGUGGUAGCUCAGCUGACUGCUACCACCCCAUCUUACAGCUUGCACCCCAAGGCUUCCUCAGGCCUGACUGUCUCACGGGAGACACAGACCCUGGGUAUCCUCUACUUUGUCCGGCAGGAUUUUGGAAGUCGUUACCAAGGCAAAGCCCUUGAAGAGUUUGAAAGGACAGUGGAGAAAGAUUAUGUGGAGCACGCACAGGCUGAAUGCUGGAAGGAGAAGCAGCAGAAGUCAGACUUGACCAAUCUGGCCAGAAUGUACAGAGAUGAGAGACUAAGAGAGAAGGCUGAAAGUCUCAAGAUGGAGAACUGCCAAAAGCUAUUAAAUCUCAUAAAACAGAGAAAACCAGGAUGAUGCCCUUGAGACUCUACGUGGUGCAGGGAGUCUUGGGAGAACAUGGUUGCUAAGUCCUAUUUGCACGAGACAUCUGGACAAUAAAAAAAAUAAACCUUACAUGGAUUUUUCAAGAUUAGUGAUUGCUCGGAAUCUUUUACUUUUAAUUUGUAAGCCCUUCCAUCAUCCAGUGGGCUUCAACAGGUCCUUUGUAUGGAGCCUUCUACUGACUGGUGGCCAAACCUCCCCUUCCCAAGGGAAUCACAAUGUUCUCUUUGUAGAGUGCCAACCCCUUUUUCAUUUAAAUGUGAUACACAGCUUGAAAUACUGGUCCCCUUACGAAGCUCAUCCCUUCUCUUAAGGGAAAGUCCCCUGUGCUUGGCUGGGAAUCACUGCACUGCCAUCAUUAUGAUGUCCCAGGUGUUCCUGGGAUCCAGGGUAUGAGGGAGGCCCAAAAAAUUUGCUAGAAUUGUUCUAUUGCAAUUUCUUCCAGCCUAAGCCUGAGCAAGGACUAUCUGGGAAAUAAGAUGGUGACAAGGUUCUCCCCAGCCAAGUAUCACGAGGUGGGGUGGUGGUUCCUCCAAAAUAGGCACCCCCUAGUAGGACAACCAAUUUGACUCAACCUCUUAUACAUCCAAGUCCCAUAAAACACAUUGAUAUAUUUGUAUUCAUUUAUAAUGGCUAAACCGGGGUGAUAUAUUUCUUCCUGUGGAACUUGGAGGCCAGAUCCUCUAUUCCUGCCUUGUUAGGAAGAGUCAUUCCCUUAGGGCAGGGCUAAAUUAUUAGGAAUUAUCGACUUUAUUAUUUAUUUUCUUUUUAUUUGGAGGUGAAAAAUCUGUGUUACAAAUAUGUAAAUAUGUUAAUUGAUAAGACCGGCACCAUAAACCAUAAUUUAUUCACUAAA